CCUGAUACAAGGAAGCUCUUUAAACCCGGGGCCGGGCGCACAGAGCAGGCAUUCAUGGUCGGCAGCGCGAGCAGGGGGCUGGGGAUCGAGCGUCACUCUGGAAACCCGGGAACUGUCGGAUUUGCGGACUGAAUCGGCUGAUCGUCCCUCUCACUUUCCAGAAGUAAGACGUUUAUUCAGGUCUCUGUAUCCUGCUCUUUUUAUCUCUCAUUCCACAACCCUGAACAUCUUCAUUUCACCCCAUUUGGGCGUUUCGGUUCUCUGAUUUGGACUCCGGUGAUAAUUCCUCAAAACAAAUUCUUAAUAUGUUUCAACUCAACAGAUUUUUUUUUCAUUACUAACUUCAGUUGCCAAUAACAAUUUAAUUUGUUUUUCUAUUAAAGAGAAGCGCAACAUGUUUUUUUUUUUCUUCUUUCUGCGCGCAACAGGUGCGUCAAAUCGCCCGCUUCCUUCCACUUCAACUCAGUCAAUCUGCGCGUUUUAUUCACCAGAAUCGUAACUUCAACGAGGUGCUUUGGUUUUUAAAUCAACGAGAACUGCACUGUGAAACUCAGGCGGUGGACAUUCAGCUGGUGCGGAUGAGAAAGACGACAAACACCGGCUUUUGUAUAAAACUAAUUGAAGUAAUUUCACCAACAAAUUAAGGCCAACUCAUUUGGGAAGCGGAGCGGCGAUAAUGAGGUUCACACAGGCGAGAGUUGUGACGCACACAGUCCAGAACAAGACACGCGUUCAGGCGACUCCAAAACACUCGUUCAGAUUAAAACGGAACAUUUCGAUGACUUAUUUUUCUUUGAUGUAUUUUUCCACAAAUGCCUUGCAUAAUGUGUUAUUCAGUUAUUUAAAUAUACUUCUAAUAAUUGUGAUUCUCUAAAUUUUGCUCUGCUAUUUUUCCACAUUUAAAUCACAAUUUAUUCUGUUUAUUAUUUUCCAUUUUUGAGGGUAGUUAAAUCAGUCAGUUUGAAACGUGAAAGCAUUUAAUUGCGCCGAUAUAAAUGGCUUAUACCUGUCAUUAUUAUGCAUUUCAUUGCACGUUUUAACCCCAAUUUUCACUCUUGUUUGUCUCAGUUGUUUUAUUUAGGGGCGUGUGGUUGCUACAGUUGAAGUUAUUUCUGGUGUAAAUGUAUCAUCGUUGCUUUAUUAAAAACCUUUUUCAGGUGAAUACACGUCCAUUCAAUUCUGAAUAGGUGAGAGUCGAAGGAGGUCUGUUUUACACGUCGAAUCCUCUCUAGUUUUCCGUCUGGGACUUGAAGACAGGUGGCAGGCGAAACUCAUGCUCAGCGGAGGCCUGGCAGAUGGCGGGGCCUUACGCGCGCGUCCUCUGUGGCCGGAGAAGAUGAGGUGUCCCGUUUUGCAUUUGCCGCCACCCAAAAUAUCACAGUAAACUAGGGUUGGGGACUACAAAAACAACGCAACUUAAACGGGUCGGGGAGAAGUGCGUCAGAAAGUUGGCGGCACUGCUUUCCCCACGGACGAGCUGGAUUUCCGCGGUAGAAAACAAGCUCGGCAGCGGGCGGGUGUUGGUUUAAAUCCACAAGACAAGGAGACCUUCUGCUGCCCUCCGACAAACACGCUCCUGUUCCACUUCCACACUGUGUCAAUUCACACACGCGUGCUGACACGCACCCAACCUCGGUUUACAUUUCCAGCGCGCCCGCUCGUGUUUGUCCAAGAAGUGGCGUGUAAAUCCGCCGCCUGUGCGCCAGCGGCAUCGCACCAUUCCAACACUCGCUCUCCGGGGAGCCACCGUUUGCUUUGCGCGCAGAGACCCGCCAACUGCGCAAUUCAAGAACUGGCGGGAGGAGCGCAGGGAAAAUGGUGCGCGGCUAAUAAUCUGCAUCCGCCAUUAGCAUGGAUUAAAAUACGUUUUCGAUCAAUUUGGCCUUCAUUCCACACACAAACCUAAAUCUACACCUGUUUAUAAUACAGUCCUCUUCAUGCCAUCUCACCUCAAGUAACAACGGGGUGGAUACUGUGAAUUGGAGGCCCUGGGCAAAGACCUGAGGGGACUCCAAACACAAAAGGUAAAACAUACUUGAAGGAAAAGAAGUAAAAGUGCUAGCAUGUAUCAGAAAAAGUGGAAUUAACCAGUAGUGUUACAGUGCAGAAGUAAUAUCUGUCGAUGUAGUGAGUCUGCAAUAGCAAUAAAAGUAAUAAUAUUGUGCAUUUGUUUAUUUCAUAUAUUUGUGUCAAAUAUAUGUAGGAAUAAAUACAUUUAUGAAAUAAAACGUUUUUAGGAGAUAUCAGUGGUGUAGAUCGAGAUAUUUUCAAGAAACAAAGGCCAUCCCGUCCUGUAUACAGCUUCACACUCUGACUCCCACAUCUGUGCUCUCAGGUUGGAGCCGUUGGAUUCCUUCCACUGGAUUCACAGAGGAACUGGAGAAGGGGAAGUCACACGGGCGGAGAGACCGGGUGAGUUCGGCGCAGACCGCUGUGCAUUAGCAAGGAAGCUGGGGUCCAAGGUGCGCACUGAGCCGCCUAUGAUACCAACCAACCGGAUGGAAAGAACUUUAAUGUGGAACCCUCAUAGAGUUUUGCAACGGAGGUUAAGAGUAGAGACAGAUUGGCAGUUUAUAUUAUAAUUUCCCGGAGGACACAGAGAUCAGACAGUCCGUGGACACUGCGUCAUUGUUUCAGGAUCCAGAGGGUACACAUUAGGAAUAGGUCUUGCAGGAAAAGGGUGUGCGCACUUGCAGGCUUGUGUUUGUAGUAACAUGUCCAGAGAGGAGCAGAGCUUAUCAGAGGUCGAGCUCAGUCCUGGGGUGUCAGAUGACAGCUCAAGAUCACCCGGGGUUUCAUCUGGUGCAAAUGGCGGGGGAGAUUCGCCGCUGCACCGCCAGCAGGGGCUGGUGAAUUUGGACGAGACGUCGGCCAGCCAGUCGUCUCUGAGGUCUGACGACGAGGAUGAACGCUUCCCCGCCGGCAUCCGCGAGGCGGUCAGCCAGGUGCUCAACUGCUACGACUGGACCCUGGUGCCCAUGCCUGUGCGGGUCAACCAUGGCAGCAAGAGCAAGCCGCACGUCAAGAGGCCCAUGAACGCCUUCAUGGUGUGGGCGCAAGCGGCACGCAGGAAGCUGGCGGACCAGCAUCCCCAUCUGCACAACGCUGAACUGAGCAAGACCCUGGGGAAGCUUUGGAGGCUUCUGAACGAGAGCGAUAAGCGCCCCUUCAUCGAAGAGGCCGAGCGUCUGAGGAAGCAGCACAAAAAGGACUACCCCGACUACAAAUACCAGCCACGUCGCCGCAAGAAUGGAAAGCUGGGUUCCGGUUCUGGGAGUGAAGCAGACGGCAAUUCGGAGGGACAAAGUCCCCCCACACCACCCACCACUCCCAAGACUGAACCACAGUCUGGCAAAGGGGAUGGAAAGAGAGAGGGUGGUCACAAUGGGGGCUCCCGCGGAGCCAUCGGGUCAGAGGGGAGCUCUGCUGCAGCGGGAUCUGGGAAACCUCACAUUGACUUCGGUAACGUGGACAUCGGUGAGAUAAGCCAUGAGGUGAUGGCAAACAUGGAGCCAUUCGAUGUGAACGAGUUCGACCAAUACCUUCCACCCAAUGGUCACCCGGGCGUCGGCCAGACUGCCGGGGCAGCCACAGCCUCGCCGGUCUCCCCGUACACCUACGGCAUCUCCUCUGCUCUGGCCGCAGCCAGUGGACACUCCGCUGCCUGGCUCUCCAAGCAGCAGCAGCCGCAGCAGCAUCACGGCUCCCAGCUGGGCUCGGACCCCACCAAAGCCCAGAUCAAGAGCGAGUCCAGCUCAACCGGCGGCCACUUUCCAGAGGCGGUCUCAGCUGGUUCCCAUGUCACCUACACCCCGCUGAGCCUCCCACACUACAGCUCCGCCUUCCCCUCUCUGGCCACUAGGGCUCAGUUCGCUGAAUAUGCAGAUCAGCAGGCCUCCGGCUCGUACUACGCCCACUCCAGCCAGGCCUCCGGGCUCUACUCUGCCUUCUCCUACAUGGGGCCCUCGCAGAGGCCCCUGUACACUGCCAUCAGUGAGCCGGUCAGCGUGACGCAGGCUCACAGCCCCACCCACUGGGAGCAGCCUGUCUACACAACACUGUCGCGGCCAUGACAGACAACGAGACCAGAGGGCGCUGGUGCCUGUUCAGGCCCCCUGUCCGACCCGAGGAGCUGCGGCGUUGUCGAUAGCUUCGGUGGCGUAAGUGGUCUGGGUCGUGGGGAUUGGACCGGCACUGGGGGCGUUGGCUGGGGCGGCAAUCGGGGGGAAACCCUGCACCACUCCUGUCAAGGUGCGCAGCUGCUGCCACAAGCAAAGGAUGAGUUUGGAGCCUGGUGCUUCUGAGGUUAGGGACGACCUCAAAAUUGCAGCAGAGAAAUUCACAACACGAGGCUUCUGUCGCUCUAAACACCACGGUCGGCAGCGGCUCUCGUCCAUGGAUGGUUGAACACUUUGCGAGUAUCAGCGAAGACAACGAGGACCCCGGUACACUCUCAGAAUCAGGACACUCUCAGGAAGGCCUUACUUCCAGACAGAACCAGCUCGCCAAGACGUAGACUCCAAAAUCAGUCUGGUUUUGGGAAAGGUUUUUAGGCAGAUUCCUGUCACUUUCUUGUGCACAAAAUUGACGCACUUGGAGAGGAAAACGGAACCGGACGGCUGAGUACUUGAACGAAGACGUAUUUUCAAACACCAAAGUUUGGACACCAAAACUGUUUCAUGAGAUCACAACCCUCAACAUUCAGAGUAGAAAAGAAGCGAAACAUCUUCCGUCAAAGAUCCGAUUGUGUUUUAUGACCGAGGAGUCACUUGAUUCAAGAAAGAGUUUCUUCAUACUGUAUUUAUCCGCAUAUUCGAGUGUUAUGGAAACAAUGUUGGCUUUUUUGUGUUAAUGAGUUGCGUGUUCAUCAAAGGUGGAGUCAGUCAGAUUCAGAGACGCGACUCACUCGCCAAAUAGUGAACCACUGAAGAGACACAGUCACACAACAUGGACCUGAGGUGAGGCAGAUUGGUCAGGUGAGACGCGCCUCACUCGUAGCUGUUGCUAAACAACCACAUGCACCUCCACAGAGAGCAACACAUGAGUUCAACAGGUAGAUGAGAGAUUGGCUAAAGGCUAAAAUACUUAAGUAGAUAUAACAUUUUAAAUGGGUGUUUUCAGUCCUACUUUUCCAACAGCUUGGUCCUCGAGCCGAAGCUAAACUAGAUAAAGAAGGACAGGAAAUGAAUUAGGAAUCGUGUCAUGCAACUUAAACGGUCUCUGAAAAGCAGCCCAGUGUGAUGCCUCUUUUAUUCACUGUUGAUCCUGAGACCCACUUUCAGAAAUCCGAUCUGGCUCCACCUUUAAUUCAUGAUCUUGCUGUCGCUUUGUGUCACAUAUUUUAUCGUCUAUAGUUCGACACAGUUGCCUGAAAAAAACAGCAAAGCGCCCCAGUUACUCUGUGUAUUCUCGUAUGUUACUCCCAACACACUUGCAUGCUGCACUUGUAUUUAACCCCAGGGCACAUGGAGCCUCAUUUAUACCUUCGUGUCUCCUCCUGGGUUCGUCAACAACUUCACAGCGACCGCAGCAGCGCGAGCAUGUGAUGAUGACUAGUAAUCUCCUGUGCACAUUUGAAAUAAAGCUCUCAUUAUUACGGCUCAGCUCGAGUGGCCCUC